GAUAGCGAGUGGCUCGACGAGGCUCUGUAGCGUGGGUCUGCGUGAACACUUCUAACUUCCGCACACUAAUAUGAACAACAAGAGCUGCCCAGACGACCGACACUGCUAAGCGUCCAAACACUGAGUUAAAUCGAGAUUUUGACAAAAUGUCAGACUCUGAUUCUGAAUCCGGACUGGACUGGGAAGUCAAUAGCCGGAAGCCUGUUAAACUUUUAAGCAAAAAUGAUACAGUCGUCGCCCUCCGUCCGUCGGAGCUGGUUUAUGACGAAUGGAGUCGUAUUCCUCUUGAAACCAGAAGAAUCGCUGGGGAACGGAUGAGAAUAUGUGCCUUCUGGCUUCCACUGCUGCUGCAGCGGGAAGAUCCCAGCACCACUUCCUGCUGGGCGUUCCAAAUAGAUCUGAUUUCAAGUGAGACAGACGAUCUGGAUAUGAAGCACCUGCAGAAGAUCGAAACAAUGGAGGCCAUCCUCAGAGCCUUGGAGAAAGGAACUAUGAAAAGGGACCAAACUAAACACGUAGUCUGCAUCAGCAACAUGUUUAACUUGCGCUCCCCAGAGGUCCUACAGGAUGCGCUGUACUGGUUGGAGCGAACCGGAGAGCCUGGCAUCCGACAUCGCGUCAUGAGUCUCGGGCAUCCGCACAUCUGCUUCACAGCGCUGCACGUCAUCUUCACAGAGUUUGCAAAGUACAUUCAGAAGAUGGGUUCCAACUUGGAGAAGACGAUGAAGGCGCUGAUGGUUCGACCCGCUGAAUAUCUGAUAGAUAAAAGUGAAGAAAUGAAGAAGAAAGGAAACGAGAACUUCAAGCAAAAACAUUUUGACGAAGCUGUGAAGUUUUAUUCUAUAGCCAUCAAAUAUUACCCUGACAACCACAUCAUUUAUGCAAACCGGGCUCUAUGCUAUAUCCGAUGUAACAAAUAUCUCAAAGCAGUUACUGAUGGAAAACGUGCUACUCUGAUAAAACCACUCUGGGCAAAGGGCCACUACCGCUACUGCGAGGCCUUGUUUUCCUUGGGCGAGGCGAAAAAGGCCCUCGAAGCCAACUCUUUAGCCCGGAGUCUGUGUCAAGACAACCGCGAAGGGAUCAAAGACCUGGAAGCCCAACACCAGAAAUUCUUAAGUGAAAUGCCAGAGCCCAAAGUUGUGCAGCCUAAGAAAAACCAAAGUAAAAGAGCACACACUCUGGAGUCACGGCCGCUGUCUGCAAACUCUGUUAAUAAGAACGAUCCCCCUCCGAAGAGUAAAGCACCAGUGGUUAAACAAGAAAAGCAACCAGUGAAAAAUGAAAAGACUUUGGCGUCAGAGGGUAGUACUAAAAACUCCAAACCAUCAAAAAGUGAGCUUUUUACAAAGAAUGGGAAGGGAGAGCUCAGCACACCAACGAAGAAGAAACCAAAAAACAGAAGUCAGCCUGAAGAGGAGGAGCAGAAGCUGGGCAACAGUAAAGCAGGUGUGUGUAAAGAGUUGAAGAUGAUGGUGCAGGACGCACACACAGCUCUGGCCGACCUCCGCAGCCGCAACGCAGAGCAGGCCUUCAGAAAGGCUCUGGUCUUACUGGAAACCAGCACAGCCAAGGAGAUUGGUCUCUCUACGCUGGAUGUUUUGUUGUUGCUGUACGGCCACGCAGCAGCUCUGACGGAGAUCGGGCAGACUGAGGAACUUGGAGAAGCACAAAGACUUCUGGAAAAGAUCAAAUCGUUUGAGGAGAGGACAUUUCAGUGUCUGGUGUACUACGCCACAGGUCGGGUGCUUCUCAAGGAAAACAGGUUUACCAAUGCUCUGGAGCAGUUUUCAGACUCCCUGCAGACAGUCAGGAAUCAAAUAACGCCGGGUAAACUCACCUGGCCUUUAACCAAUGAGAUUGUCAAAGAAACGCAGCCGGACUAUUUCAAGGGAAUUCUUGAGCAAGCUAUAGAGUUGUGUAAAUUUCCUCCUACGCCUGAUGCUAUUUGUCGACUGGAGCACUGCCUCGGCCCCGUGAAGGCAGAGAUCUACUUGACAGACCCAGAUUUUAAGGGCUACAUUAGAAUUUGUUGCUGUCAGAGCUGCGUUAUCGAAUACCACAUGGCCUGCUGGAAGUCCCUUAAGACCUCAUCCUUCUCUGAUAGAAAUGAAAAGGAUUUCCUGCAAGAGUCGUGUUUUACUCCAGACUGUCUGGGCAAAAUCUGCAGUAUCAUAAUCUUUGGUCCGACAGGGCUGCCCAAGUGCUCGUUUAAAGCUGCCAUCACCAAACCCCCCACUCCAAAGAAGCCCAAAGUGAAUCAGAAAUGUACAAGUCUGAAGAACUUAAAAUCAAAGGAUGAGCACAGACUUAAGAGGAAGCAACAUAAGCAGUCGUUCCAAGAAAAGCAGACGAUCAGCGAUGAGAUCCUGCAGCUGAAAGAAGACUCGUCUACUCAGAGUCAACAGAAAGCCUGGCUGCUGUACAGGGAUCGAGUCCUGCUGCAGAUCAGUCAGAACCUGGAGCUGCUGAGGCAGGAGACGGGCAUCCAGGUGUCAGCGCUGACCCACAGUCUGAAGCCCUGGCUGGAGCUGGACUCGUCACGGGGGAACCAGCUCGCCAGGAGGAUCCUGAACGGGCAGCAGGAGCCACUGGAGAGCCUCUGGCAGGUGGUGGAGCUGCUGCUGGAGAGGAAGAACCGCGUUUGGGCUCGAGUCCUUAUCCAGCUCCUCAGUAGCCGUCAGGAUAUAAAUCCUAAACUGUACAAGUGGGCGAGCCGCCUCAACAACGCAGGUCUGGAUGCGGCCAAAAGCUUCAUCGAGCGCUACCAGGGACACUUGGAGCAGCUGGAUCUCGCUCUUGUGCUCGGCUUCGGCCCAAUGAUGGACUCCAUAAUAGAAGAGUGUGGUACUAGGCCGGAGCUUUUUUCAACCAUUAGCUUGAACACUGAAUACCUAAAACAGACCCAGCGUGAUAUCAUGAGACUCUUUAUCUGGACUCUGGAGGAGCACAGGGACCAGUACCUCUCCUGCCACCCUAUGCUGGAUGAGUAUUUUGAUAUGAUGGAUGGACAUUGUUCUGUCUUAAAAAAGUCUGAUGAAAAUCAAAAUAAUUCUCCUUCGAAGAGUCGAGCCCGGAAAAGGAAAAAAGGGGCAAAUGGCGUUAUUGUUUGGUCUGGAAACAGCGGCCAAACGCAGAGAGAGGAGUGGGACCAAGACUUUUUUGAAGAUGACACUUUAUCAUUCCUUCACCCCAGCGAUUCAUUCAGUGUACCGAGUCACCUUCGCGAGCAAGUGGCCGAUUUUGAGGACCAGUACAACACCACGAGACACAGAGAUCACUAUAAAAGCAUUUUGGACAACAACCCCGACCCUGCGAAAGAGAGUUUGUAUGACUACUUCGCUCAGAUCCUGGAGGAGCACGGCCCGCUGGUGGCUGAGGACCCUCUGCUGGUCGGGGAGCUGGAGAACUUCCCUCUCGUGGCUAAGGAGAAGAUCCAGGAAGUGGGCGGCUUCGAGGUCUUCCUCCUGGAGUCCCUUCGCUUCAUAAAGAUGGGACGGUGUAUUGGGCUGGCUAAGCACGCCGUGACCCUGCAGCAGGCCAGGCACGGAGCCACCCUGGACGACCUGGAUGAUAUAGCCGAACCCGACAUUGAGUAUCUGGGUCUCGAUCGGGAUGAGGAGACUUUUUGUGUUUUCCCGAGCGAUCAGAACGGUUAUUCAUACACACAGGAUGACGUCCAUCCCAUCCUCCCAAACCCAUAUUCAUUUGCCCCGUCUUUUGGAGUCAGUCUACCUGAAACUAAUUCAUAUUACCGCUGGAGUACUGGUGGCGAUCAAGAGCAAGACCCUUACUCUAUACCUUAUGACUACGGAGGGUUGGAUCUACCGAGAAUUGCGCUGGAUCAACGGGUUUCUGAAACCUCCUCUGAUACCACUAAUGAAAGCAUUUUGAAGAAACAUGCCGCCGUACAGACGUGCCAUGAGACUAUGAGGAGUGUAGCGGUGAACACAGAGAUUCACGAGAGUUUUGAGACUUGCCAGGGUGACAUGAACAAAAAGCAACGCCACAACUGGAAGUUAGAGCAGCGCAUGGAGGAAAUGUCGACAGGAAAUGACAAAGUCAACCUGACCCACAAAGAAGAGCUGACUGUCCUCGAGAAGGAAGUGCAGGAGAUCACCACCAACAUACAGGUGACCAAUAAGGAGCUGGCGAUGUUCCAGCAGAAGUUGGAGGAGGAGGUGAAGAAGGACCAGAAGGAGAAGAAGGCCAACCAGGAGGGACUGAAGGCCCUGAAGAUGGAGACGGAGGAUCUGGUGACGCAGCAGGGGAGUCUUUCCCAAAUCAUCAGAGAGAAGAAGAACAGCUUCGACAACAAGUUAAAUGAUUUCCUCGAGCUGAGCAACCAAUCAGCAGCCGAGAAGAUGAGUCUGGAGGACGAGAUCACGCGCUGUAAGGCCUUGCACGCCUCGGCCACCAGGAGGUCUCACUCGGCUCAGGUGUUGGUGGUGGAGAGCAGUCGGGACCAGGGUGUGUUCGGCCUCUACAAAGAGAUGAGCAACGCCAAGGCUCUGCUGAGCAAACUGGACGAAGAAGCUCUCAGAUACCCGACCCCAGAGGUGGAAAUAUCACGGAACAGCUGCAGGGUUAACAUCCAGGAAGUGGAGAAGAAAAUCUCUUCUGCUGAGGCACAGUUCCAGGAGCAGCUGGAUCAGGUGAAGAGCGGCAGGAGAUUCAGCGAGUUGAUUUCUGUCGACGUCAACCACCAGCCUAACCCUCCAGCUGCACCAGUUUCUGUUGCUGCCAAACAGUCUGCAGCUACUCCCCCGCCCUCAGCCUCCCACAGCGUCCCCUCGUACGCCCGGCCACCUGCAGCCGCCUCGCCACAACACAAGCCCCCCCCCAGAGCGCUGGAGCCCGCACACGGCACCGUGUUUGAAAAGGCCAUGGAGCACCUGGUGUCCAUAUUCCCCGACUACAAGAGGUCCGAACUGAUGAGGUUUGUUCAGGACUUCCGAUUGUCCAGCGGGGGGAGCCUCAGCAACAUGUCGCUGCAGGAUAUGGUCGGUGGAGUGACCCAGCUGAUCUUCGACCAUCAGGAGAGGCUUAAAGCUGCCAAAUUAAACGCCAAGGGACGCGGCAGUCCAGCUCAGUGUGCCGCUCCGGUCUGGCAACCCCUCGGACAUCCCAGAGUCAAACACUCUGACGCACUGAAUGUGGAGGAUCCGUGCAUCAUCUGUCACGAUGACAUGAGUCCCGACGACAUCUGCGUGCUGGAGUGCAGACACAGCUUCCACAACAGGUGCAUCAGGCCCUGGCUGAAGGAGCAGAGCACGUGCCCGACCUGCAGAGAUCACGCUCUGAUGCCCGACGACUUCCCCGAGCUGUCCGGCCGGAGACGCCAAGCUCCGUAAUGUCUUAACGCUUAUUUCUUAUUACCCACGUGCUUUUAUCCUUUUUUUUUUCGCCGUAUCAUUUAAAAAAUAAUAAUGCGGUUUGUGUUGCGUUGUUCACUUGUUCAAACUAACCAUUUCUUUGCAUUGAAUAAACGACACCUUAUGUUUGAA